CAUGGCAGCACCUGCACCACGAGGCCGGACAGGGGGCAAGAAGAGCAAGGAUGAAAAACUGGGGUUUAAACGCUACAAGUGGGAAUUCAAAGACAGCAAUAAAGACUUCUGGAUGCAGGGACAUGCAGAGAACAAAAGUGUGGCUUUGAUCUGCUUAAUCGUUUCACUGGUUUGUUUCCAAAGAGUGGCCACACACCCUAUCGUGAUCCUGAUCCUCACUAUGGAACUGUCAGGAUGUGCUUUCUUCUUCUUUGUCUACUCCUUUGCCAUCCAGAGAUACAUUACCUUCAUCUUCUGGCCUAUGAUGGAUAUAAUGAACAACGUGGCCUCUAUCGCGUUCCUCUUAGGUGGUAUAUACUUUGCUCUUGAAGCAAGACGAGAAUUGCCAGUACCCUACUUAACUGGUAUGAUCCUCAUGGGAGUUGCUGCAUUUUUUAUUCUCAUUGACCUGUGUCUUCUGAGGAGACAAUUUAAAACCAGGAAGCUUCGAAAGUAUAUUCUACUUGCCCCAGACAAGAAUGGCAAGAUGCAAGAUGCGAAACUCCUUUUAACGCUGGCAGCCAAAGAGGAUGAGGAGGAAAGGCAAAGGGAGCUGGCAGAGAAAGCGAAGAGAGAGGCGGAGAACCCAACCUGGUGACUGCGCAGCCACACCUGCAAGCUCUGCAGGCAGGCUUUUCUACCCUCUCCCUUUGCCAGCUUUCCAGCAGAGUUCUCCAUCAAUAAAGGCAUCCUGGAAAAGACA